UCAAGCAACACACAGUCCAUAGUUACAUUGUUGCUCUGCCAAAUCGAACGUGAGUCGUGUUUUAUAAUAAUAUUCUAAACGAAUACAUUUUAAUCUAUUUGAAAUACAAUUCAAAUGUAUUUUAUAAUUAUGACUUUUUAAACGAACGUUUUGUGCGAAUGAUAAUAUGAAGUAUGUGGCGCUGCUGUCGCUGAUCUUGGCAAAUGUGGUGAAAGAACCGACGCCGGUAGUGAAAGUGGGGAGCGGUCUAGUGAGGGGGCGCGUCAGUGAUAAUGGCAGGAUUAAUCAGUAUUUUGGAAUACCGUACGCGACUGUUACCAAGAAGAACAGGUUUCAGGCUCCAUUACCGCCACCAAAAUGGGAUGGCAUCUUCGAAGCUAUCAACGAAAAUGUCCGAUGCCCGCAAAGAAUGAUCGGCCCAAUCAUUCUAGAUGAUGAAGAUUGUCUAAAGUUAAACGUCUAUACGCCAGCUACAGAAACCUCGAGAAAAUCACUCCCUGUAAUGGUAUUCAUUCAUGGUGGAUGCUUCUUAGAGGGAACUGGUUCAGCAUUUCUUUAUGGUCCAGACUUCAUUGUCGAACAAGAUGUUAUAUUUGUCGGUAUUAACUACAGACUGAAUGUAGAAGGAUUCCUCUGUCUAGGCAUAAAAGAAGCACCUGGAAACGCUGGGCUAAAAGACCAAAUUGCGGCCUUGAGGUGGAUCAAAAAAAAUAUUGCUGCAUUUGGAGGUGAUCCUAACAAUGUGACAUUGUUCGGUGAGAGUGCUGGAUCUGUGUCGGCUUCUUACCUCAUAUUAUCACCGGCAGCAAAAGGAUUAUUUCACAGAGCGAUAUUACAGAGUGGUGCAACAAUAUCUCCGUGGGCAAUCCAACAUGACCCUAUUAAAACAGCCAGAACUAUAGCUCAAGAAUUUGGCUACUCAGGAAGCAAUCCUUACGAAAUUUACAAAGUUUUAUCAACAAAGUCAAUUAACGAAUUAAUAUCUGCUAUUAAAUAUUCCAAGCGAAAAAUGCUUAUAACAUCUGAAACUUUAUUCGUACCUUGUGUUGAAAAGGACAUACCAGGCAUAGAGUCUGUUGUUACAAAAUAUCCAAGCGAAUUAUUAAAAGCUGGUAACUAUACAAAAAUUCCUAUCAUAAUUGGUUUCAACGACAAUGAAGGCAUAUAUUUUGUUGGCAAGACGCACGGGACCAGCAUAAAAAACGUUACCGAAGAAGUGAACUUAGAUGAUAUCUUCCAUAAAGACUUAAUAUUCCCAUCUGAAGUAACUAAAAAUGACACAUUUAGAGCUGUUCGAGACCGAUACUUUCCAACGGAAAACGAUGACUCAAUAAUGAACUUAGUUGAUUUAAUAUCUGAUGUUCACAUAAAAUAUCCGACAGCUCUAGAAUCUACGUUGUACGCCAAGACAACAGAUCAGCCAAUUUAUUACUACCUCUUUAAGUAUAAUGGAUUUAUUAAUAUGCCAAAGAUUAUAUCUGGUUUUAUGUUUAAGCCAGGGGCGUCUCACGCCGAUGAACUUCUGUAUUUGUUCAAACCUCACUCUUUUCCAUUGCCGACUCGAUUAUUUGAAAUGGAAAUGAUAAAACGGAUGGUGACGCUUUGGACUAACUUUGCUAAAUAUAGUGAUCCCACACCGAAGAUCACGAGCCUCCUUCCAGUACGCUGGCGACCGAGUCGAGCAUCAAACCCCAUCGCUCUCAUCAUUGACAGACGGCUCACCACUGCACCCAUGUGGGAUGAGAACACCAUGAGCUUUUGGAACAAUAUGUAUACUAAAUAUAGGAGGAAGAAUUACGGUAUUUUCACACCAGUAUUAGAUAUAAGUCAAGGCAAACUACGAGGAUUGCGGGGCAACGGCCAGAACAGGUAUUUGAGUAUACCUUACGCGACCAGCGAAAGAUUCCAGCUACCCAAACCGCCACCGAAAUGGAAAGGAAUACUGAAUGCUAUAAAUCCAUUCGUAAGAUGUCCCCAAAAAAUGUUUUUCUUUACGAGCGGCUCCGAGGAUUGUCUUUACCUAGACGUGUUCGUCCCCGAAUGGGCGAAGAAAUCUGAUAAGUUACCUGUACUGGUUUUCGUACACGGUGGAGCUUACUUCAAGGGAAGCAAGGAAUUAUAUGAUCCAGAAUUUCUAGUUACUAAGGGUGCGAUUGUAGUAAAUAUCAACUACAGAUUAGGGGUAUUAGGGUUCUUAUGUCUCAAUGGUAUAUCAAAUCUAGGCUUAAGAGACCAGGUAGCGGCUUUAAAAUGGAUACAACAAAAUAUAGCUUCGUUUGGUGGAGACCCAGAUAAUGUCACUCUUUCUGGACAAAGUGCUGGUGCUAGUUCUGCUUCUUUACAUUUGCUUUCCGAAUUAAGUAAAGGCCUAUUUCAUAAAGCAAUACUAAUGAGUGGCAACGCGUUUUCGACGUGGGCUUUCAACUUAGAACCUUUUAAAGUUGCGUUACAGGAUGCUAGAAAAAUAUCUCCAGCGAAUACCGAAGAGGAUGUAUACGACAUAUUUGCUGACAUCACCGUGCCCACACUUAUGGACGCCACUUACGAUACCUCAGUAAAUCCACGAUACUUCAAAUACUCACCGUGUGUAGAUAACAAUUUCGCAGACCCGUUUUUCAAUAGCACUCCAUAUGACAUCAUGAAAUCUGGAAAGUUUAAUAAAGUUCCUCUAAUCGUGGGAUAUACGGACACGGAAGGUGGUUUCUUUUAUAGGUUAUUGAGUAAUAAAUUAGUAGAGGAUUUAAAUGAAAACUUCGUUGAAAGAUUACCUUGUGUAUUUUCCUGGUGUUCAGAGAAAGAAAGAAGAAAAAUUGGGAAAACGUUGCGAAAUCAUUACUUCGGACACGGAUCUAUUACUUAUAAAACAUCUGUGAGAGGUUUGAUUCAAUACUACUCAGAUUGGAUUGCGUAUGGCUCUAUAAACGCAUUUUCGAAAAUAAUAACUGAAUUCUCCGAUCAGUCCGUCUACAAUUAUCAGUUUUCUUACGAUGGUAGCAGAGACUUCGGUAAAAUAAUUUCAGGGGCUGACUUUGAUGGCACGACGCAUGCUGGUGAAUUGUUUUAUAUAUUUAAACCCUUGGGAAUAUCGCUAUUCAUGCCGGACAAUGACAGAAUAAUGAUUGAUAGAUUUACAACAUUAAUACUGAAUUUUAUGAAACUCGGAAACCCAACGCCAAAGAAAACAAAAUUAUUGCCUGUGGAAUGGCCAACGGCUACAAAAAAUAAAUCGAAUAUUUUAGUCCUCGACAAAUACAUAUCUGUGAUCGCCCAACCCCGAGAGGAGCAGAGCGGGAGAUUUUUCUUAAAGAUGCUUUGCACUUACGGUAUGCAAGGAUACGUGCCGUGUGUGAGCGCUGAAAUGUGUCAACAUGGUUAA